AUGUUUAUCAUAGUGUCGUUGGUCUUGGUUUUCGGCAAAGACUAUUUUCAAGGCCAUGUGCCACGUAAUGCAAAUGAACCUGUCAAAACACUCAAAAAUGCAGAUCUACCUCUCGUUGUAGAGCUAGCCAUCCAUGUAGCAAGUCUUGUUGAGCUACCCAUCCAUGUAGCAAGUAUUGUUGAGUUACCCGUCCAUGUAGCAAGAAUUGUUGAGCUACCCAUCCAUGUAGCAAGGAUUGUUGAGUUACCCAUCCAUGUAGCAAGUAUUGUUGAGCUACCCAUCCAUGUAGCAAGUAUUGUUGAGUUAUCCGUCCAUGUAGCAAGUAUUGUUGAGCUACCCAUCCAUGUAGCAAGUAGUGUUCAGCUACCUGUCCACGUAGCAAGUAUUGUUGAGCUGCCCGUCCAUGUAGCAAGAAUUGUUGAGCUACCCAUCCAUGUAGCAAGGAUUGUUGAGUUACCCAUCCAUGUAGCAAGUAUUGUUGAGCUACCCAUCCAUGUAGCAAGUAUUGUUGAGUUAUCCGUCCAUGUAGCAAGUAUUGUUGAGCUACCCAUCCAUGUAGCAAGUAGUGUUCAGCUACCUGUCCACGUAGCAAGUAUUGUUGAGCUGCCCGUCCAUGUAGCAAGUAUUGUUGAGCUGCCCGUCCAUGUAGCAAGGAUUGUUGAGUUACCCAUCCAUGUAGCAAAAAUUGUUGAGCUACCCAUCCAUGUAGCAAGUAUUGUUGAGUUAUCCGUCCAUGUAGCAAGUAUUGUUGAGCUACCCAUCCAUGUAGCAAGUAGUGUUCAGCUACCUGUCCACGUAGCAAGUAUUGUUGAGCUGCCCGUCCAUGUAGCAAGAAUUGUUGAGCUACCCAUCCAUGUAGCAAGGAUUGUUGAGUUACCCAUCCAUGUAGCAAGUAUUGUUGAGCUACCCAUCCAUGUAGCAAGUAUUGUUGAGUUAUCCGUCCAUGUAGCAAGUAUUGUUGAGCUACCCAUCCAUGUAGCAAGUAGUGUUCAGCUACCUGUCCACGUAGCAAGUAUUGUUGAGCUGCCCGUCCAUGUAGCAAGUAUUGUUGAGCUGCCCGUCCAUGUAGCAAGUUUUGUUGAGCUGCCCGUCCAUGUAGCAAGUAUUGUUGAGCUACCCGUCCAUGUAGCAAGUAUUGUUGAGCUGCCCGUCCAUGUAGCAAGUAUUGUUGAGCUGUCCGUCCAUGUAGCGAGUAUUGUUGAGCUGCCCGUCCAUGUUUGA